UGUGGUGGGUCCUCCGGGCCGUGGAGCAUGCGCGUGGCUGCGCCCUCCGGGAUCGAUCGCUAUGGCAGCGGCGUCGCCGUGGGUCGGGCCUUCGGUCUGGCGCCCAGGCCCUGCCGCCCCAGCAGCCGCCUGCACCAUAGCCUCUCGGGCAUGAGCCGGGCCUCCCGCUGCCGCUCACCGCCCCGCCCGCCGCUGCUGCCGUAUCCCGACUGUGGGCACGCGCCGGGAUCAUGCCCCUGACCGCCUACUGCUACCUACGGGUCGUGGGCAGGGGCAGCUACGGGGAGGUGACGCUCGUGAGGCACCGGCAGGACGGCAGGCAGUAUGUCAUCAAAAAGCUGAACCUCCGAAAUGCCUCCAGCCGGGAGCGACGAGCUGCUGAACAGGAAGCUCAGCUCUUGUCCCAGCUGAAGCACCCUAAUAUUGUUACCUACAAAGAGUCAUGGGAAGGAGGGGAUGGUCUGCUGUACAUCGUCAUGGGCUUCUGUGAAGGAGGUGAUCUGUACCAAAAGCUCAAAGAGCAGAAGGGGAGGCUUCUGCCUGAGAGUCAGGUGGUGGAGUGGUUUGUUCAGAUCGCCAUGGCUCUGCAGUAUUUACAUGAAAAACACAUCCUUCACCGAGAUCUGAAAACUCAAAAUGUCUUCCUGACAAGAACAAACAUCAUCAAAGUGGGCGACCUAGGAAUUGCCCGAGUGCUAGAGAACCACUGUGACAUGGCUAGCACCCUCAUUGGCACACCCUACUACAUGAGCCCUGAAUUGUUCUCAAACAAACCCUACAACUAUAAGUCUGAUGUCUGGGCUCUGGGAUGCUGUGUUUAUGAAAUGGCCACCCUGAAGCAUGCCUUUAAUGCAAAAGACAUGAAUUCAUUAGUUUAUCGGAUUAUUGAAGGAAAGCUGCCACCAAUGCCAAAAGAUUAUAGCCCAGAGCUGGCAGAACUGAUAAGAACCAUGCUGAGCAAAAGGCCUGAAGAAAGACCUUCUGUGAGGAGCAUCCUGAGGCAGCCUUACAUAAAACGCCAAAUCUCCUUGUUUUUGGAGGCCACAAAGGCAAAAACCUCCAAAAAUAAUAUUAAAAAUGGUGGCUCUAAAUCCAAGCCUGUGACUCCAGUGGUUUCUGGAAACACUGAAUCAAAUCAUGAAGUAAUUCCCCACCUACCACAAUCUUCUGAGGGCCCCAAAACAUAUAUAAUGGAUGAAGGUAAAUGUUUGUCCCAGGAAAAACCCAUAAUCGUUGGCCCCUUGAAGACACCUACAGGUCUGAAAGGCCAUACCUGCAAACCAGACGUGAGCAAUACCACAGAAUCACUAGCCACGAUCAGUAGGGUGAAUAUUGACAUCUUACCUGCAGAAAGGAGGGACUCAGUGAACGACGGCUUAUUUCAAGAGAAUCAGCCAGGACACUUAGAUGUCUUUAAUCAGCUGGACGGUAAAUGUAACAUUUCUCAAGCGAAGGAAAGGCUGCAAGAAAACACUAAGUCCAGUGUUCAACCUGGAAACCAAGUUCCCACAGGGUCCUCUAACAAUGUCGCUGAAGAAGGGAAUGUCCCAGUGAAGCCUCUGCAGCCCCUAAACAAAGACCAAAAUUUACCAAAAGACCAGGAUCAAGUUGCUGGUGACUGUGUUAUAGAAAAACAAGGCAGAAUCCACUUAGGUUUACAGCCACACAGCUCUGGGUCUGAACCUUCCCUGUCUCGACAGCGGCGGCAGAAGAAAAGAGAACAGACUGAGCACAGUGGGGAAAAGAGACAGGUCGGCAGAGAUCUCUUUGGAUUUCAGGAGACUUCUCGUCUUUUGCCUUCUCUUCUUACUGUUGAAAAAGUGGAUGUCACAUCAACACAAAAAGAUGCUGAAAACCAAAGUAGAGUGAUCAGUGGGUGUGCGAGAAGAUUGAGGAGCACUGAGAUAUCAUCAUCGAAGGACCGACCAUUAUCAGCAAGAGAAAGGAGGCGUCUGAAGCAGUCUCAGGAAGAGAUCUUCCCCUCAGGUCCUUCAGUGAGGACAGCCUCUCUGAGUGUAAUGGGGCCAGGGAAACCACAAGAGGAAGGCCAUCCCACCCUUUCUCGAUGGUUGUCUUCUGACUGCAGCGUUGCUCAGGAAGGGAAACCUACCCAUUGUCUCUCUGAGGAUGAAUUAAGUUCUUCUACAAGUUCAACUGAUAAAUCAGAUGGGGAUUCCAGGGAAGGAAAAGGUCAUACAAAUGAAAUGAGUGACUUGGUACAGUUGAUGACUCAGACCCUAAAGUUGGACUCUAAAGAAAGUUGUGAAGAUCUCCUAGUACCGGAUCCAGUGUCAGAAUUUAAACUUCAUCGGAAGUACCGGGAUACGCUAAUACUUCAUGGAAAAGUUGCAGAAGAGGCAGAGGAGCUCCAUUUUAAAGAGCUGUCUUCAGCUCUCAUGCCAGAUGCUGAAAAAAUCAGAAGAAUUGUUGAAGUCUUGAGAGCUGAUGUAAUUCGGGCCCUGGGGAUUCAGCUCUUAGAGCAGGUCUAUGAUCUUUUGGAAGAAGAGGAUGAAUUGGAGAGAGAGGUACGUUUGCGGGAGCACAUGGGUGAAAAAUAUACAGCUUAUAGUGUGAAAGCUCGCCAGUUAAAAUUUUUUGAAGAAAAUGUGAAUUUUUGAGAAUUUAUCUAAUUUGCUGCCAGAACUAAACUAUUUUCAAAGGUUUUUGGCUUAAACAAAAACAAACCUGUAAUAACAAUGACUGGAGGCCAUCCCGUCCUUAUAUCUCUUUGGGGUUUUAUUUACUGGGAAAAAAUUGGACAAAACAGUAAUGUGAAGCAAGCUCACAAAAGAAGAAAGCUUUGGCUCUCUUAUUCUCUUGAGGAAAAAUCUGUUAUACGAUGUUUGUUUAGUUACUGUUUACUGAGCCUUAAACCACCAACUUUAUAUGUAGAACUAUUUUUUUAAGGUUCUAAUUAGCUUUAAUACAGGAGCAUAAAAUAUUGGAUUGGAAGUUUUAUAUUAUAGUGAUAAAUGCAGUAGGGAAAAUAACCGACAUAAACUACUUUUUAUUGUUAACAAACUUAGGUAGCAGCUGAUAAAUUAUUUUUUUAUAAUUCUGGGAGUAGAUUUAAAGAAUAUGAAGUUGUAUCUAGUACUUGAGCAACUGAAUUCCUUUUUUGCACAUUGAUGGAUGUUUAGCAUUUUAUUUACAUUUAAUAUGAAUUUCAUUCAGGAUAUACAAGAAUUGAAACUAGAAUGUAUUUUGACCCUGUAAAUCAGUUUUUACAUACUCUUUAAGAUGUAUUUUUCCAUCAGCAAAAACAUUUUUGAACUCUUAAUUUCUUUUCUGAUUUAGCAAUUUUUAAGUAAAGUCCAGAUCCUUUUAGUUAUGUUGGACAUAUUUGUCUCCUGAAACUCAUCUUCUUGUACUAUCAAAAUACUGGUUGCCUUCUCAUGUUAUAAAUGUAUGUUUGUGUAUCACAUAUGUUAUUAGUUGUUUAAUAACGGGUAAUGCCCUUCUAGGAAACAGUUUUUAUAAAAUAAAAGUCUUGAUUAGUAAAUCUUCACUUCUAUAUUUCAAAGGACAAAAAAUGUCUGUUGCUCCAUAAAUAUUUUCAGUUUUUAUAAUUAAAAAUGUAUCUUACCUUCCUUGAAAAUUACACACACAUAAAAUAAUAAAAUGUUCCCUCUCUAGUCCCUUAACAGACCUUUAUGUAGUUUGUACUAUGUGCCAGAAACUAGGCCAAGAGCUGGGAUACAGUGGUGAAUAAAACAGUACUCCCUGCC